UGGAUGUUCAGCACGCGUUGUCAUUCGGAGCACUUCCUCACAUGCUGCCUCUGUAUCCACCUUUUAAACAUACAUAUACAUUCGCAUACAAUACUGAGGAGAGUCAUUCAGCUGCACCGUGUGUUCUGUUUCUGCUCAGACCGGUGGUUGUUUGCUGCGUGGUUAAACCAGACGUUUCUACAGCAAAUCACGGUCCCCUUGUUUAGAACAGUGCAUCUCACAGUGACCUAGUUUGUACUGGUCUCAAUGCACAAAUAACUACCGUAGCUGUGGUAUAACGCUGUCGUAAAUAUCCAGACGCACCGGGCAAACAGGUCUCGAGGAGUCUACAUGCGGUGUACUAAUGCUGCUCCCUGUGAACCUGCACAGGGUCAAAUCAGAUCAAUAGGACGUGGAGCUUCCUCUCAGUGCUGUGGAGCUGCAGCAUCCCUGACAUCGUGCGCCGUGUCGGGUCCAGCUCUAAUCAUUGCUGGAAUCAGUGGUGCAGGUUGAUGAGCACUGUGGAAGGAAGUGGAGGUCUGCAGUGUCGACUGUCUGCUGCACAUUGUGUGUCCUUGCUUCAGUGAGACACUACGAGUUCCUGAAAAAUGCCCCCCCCCCCAUUAUUCUUUUGCCUUUAGAUGUGAUGUGGACAAUGACAGGUGACACAUUUCGUACCCCGGAACUGCUAUGAAGCAGCUUUUUAACAGGAAACGGAUGCGAGAGCUCAGCUUCUGCAGCUCAGUGCAGGUUCCAGUCUGUGGAGGUGUGUUUGACGUGUUUGACAUGUAAUGGCCAUGUUUCCUCUGCUAAUGACUUGACAGGACAUCCACCAGUGUUUACAUACACUUGUACUGACCAUCGCUGUGAUGUGUUCAUUAGCAAGUAUAUGAGGUGUCAUAUUUGUCAGAUCAGUAUGAAGCUUUAAACCUCCCAAAUAUAACUGUAUGUUGGCUGGUUAUUAUCCAGUUAAAUGCUUUUAAAGGGUAAUAACCAUCAUACAGUAGGUUAUACAUAUACAACCUAUUGUGUAUUUUGCCAAUUUUCUCAUCCCAGUCUCUGCAAAAAAGUAAAAAAGUGGACAUUUGUUUAUUUUGUUUUAGUAUUGUAUAUAAUUAGCUAUUUUGUUUUCUUUGCUGCUCAUCACACGAUCGUGAUUUUUUUUUGUGUAGAUACAACAGUCAAAGCUCGUUAAUUCCUGAGCUCAUUACUGAGGAGCUGUUGGGCUGAAGCUGGUCCUGUUUGAGUCCAGUUUAAAGGCGUUGGUCAGCUGAGGGUGUGGUGUGACAUCAGCCUGUGUGUGUGUGGGCCUGGGGUUCCUCAAAAGCACUUUAACUUCCCACUGAUCAGAGGAGGGUGACGCUAUUAAAAUCAGACCAAAGGGCUGAAGGUGGAGACCUUCAAAGUGUCCCCGUGGCAAUUAUGGAGCAGCUUCCUGUUUACCCCAGUGCGGCCCUUCUUCUUCUUCUCUCCUCUUCUGUCAUCUUCCUUAAAAGAAACAGUGAAUUUAGGAACAACAAAGCCAAAGGGCUCAAUCUCAGCCCGACUAUCUCUGAACCGACACCACCCUGCGUUUUACUGCUGCCAGCGCCAUCUCUGCACCACGUACACCUCUGCCUCCGUUCUUUCAUCACAACAUCUCUACCUCUCAACCUCUCCCAGCGACCCCGCAAAACUGGGGAGGGCGGUGAUGAGUCUCAAUCAGGGGAGACAGUUGUAUGAAGAUUUAUUUGCGCUACUUUCAUUUUAACUUACAACCACACACGACUUCAUCUCCGAGCCCAUUCUGUUACUUACGAACGGUAAUCACAGCUGCUUUCAUGCACCUUCCACAGGAAGCCGGUCAGCCCAGACCAGAAGUUUCCUUUUGGCCUAGAUGUGCAUAGGUGGGGAGCAGAAAUAGGUUGAACGGGUCUCUGAGCCUCGAUAGGUUGAUGCACAUCCAUAUCAAAAAGAGGAAGUGCUCUGCUGCAGUUGAGCAGCGCCGAUGUUUUGGUCGCGUCUCGCAGCUCCGGCUGUGACACGGCGCGCUGGCGGCUGGUGUUCUCUAAGGUUCCACUCACCCGCCUUGUGUUGGGCAGCGCGAUCCAGAAGUGUGGUGCCAGGAGAACGAGGCCCCGGCCAGGGCUCGCCGCACUCCACCAGGUCCAUGGAGCGGCCACUGAAGGCCGGCUGGCUCAAGAAGCAACAGAGGUCCCUAGUGAAGAACUGGCAGCAACGUUACUUUGUGCUGAGAGGCAGCACACUGACCUACCACAAGGAUGACAAGGAGACCACCGUCCAGGGGGUCAUCCAGCUGCGAUUCAGCAAAGUUAACGAACUCCCUCUGUCUUCAGAUGACCCUGGGAAAUACCUGUUUGAGAUCAUACCACGUUCAACUGGCGACAGAGAACGAUAUCCGUACGUGUUCAUGGCCAACUCCCAGAGUGACAUGGAGGAGUGGGUCCGCACUCUGCGCAGAGUCAUCGGAGUGCCAGCGAGUGGAGUGUUUGGGAAGAGUCUCAUUGACACAAUAACGUACGAGCAACGUUUCGGGCCUCACAUGGUGCCGAUCCUGGUGCAGAAGUGCGUGGAGUUCAUUAAAGAGCACGGGCUGGACGAGGAGGGCAUCUUCCGCCUGCCCGGACAGGACAAUGCCGUCAAACAGUUCAGAGAUGCCUUCGACGCAGGAGAAAGACCCUCCUUCCCCAGUGACACCGAUGUCCACACUGUGGCGUCGCUGCUCAAGCUCUACCUGCGAGAACUGCCGGAGCCCGUGGUGCCCUGGACCCAGUACCAAGACUUCCUGGACUGCACCACCCUGUUAGACAGCAACAGCUCUGAGGGUUGGGGAAAGUUGGAGAAACAAAUCGCUCUUCUCCCCAGAUUUAACUACAACCUUCUUAGCUACGUCUGCCGGUUUUUGUUUGAGGUGCAGCAACACUCUAGUGUGAAUAAGAUGAAUGUGGAGAACCUGGCGACAGUGAUGGGGAUCAACCUGUUCAAACCUCAGAUUGAAGAUCCCAUCACUGUGAUGAAAGCGACUCCUCAGAUCCAGAAGCUGAUGACCGUGAUGAUCAGACAGCACGAGGCUCUGUUCCCUCUCUCCAAAGACGUGCUUCCCUCGCCGCCGCCAAACAAGGCUGAGAGCCAGAAGAACGCUCCCCGGAGCUUCGUGGGCUGGGAGUCCGCAGAGAUGGCUGAUACAUCUUUGUCCGAAUCUCCAGAAGAAGAAGAAGACAUUGACAGUCCAGGUCCACUGAGAGGAAACUGUAGCCCCGCAGUCCUCUCAGAGCCGUUCUCACCCUCCGUCGACGACUGGCUCGAAAGUCCCCGCAAGCGCACGCAGACCCUGCCCACCUUCAACUGCCCCCUCACCGGCAUGGCAGCCAAGGCCGACGCCAUCAACCGCUGGAGUCGCAUCCAGGAGACGGAGGAGAAGAGCGGGACAUUGUCCGAGGACAUUUUUAGGAUCCUGGACCUUCGCACCUCGGGUUCGUUUUCCGGGGGCUCUCACACAAAUAAGAAGGAGGGUGAGGAUAGGUGCACCGCUCGCCGAGGGAGCGACAACACGGCCGUUUCAGCAGCCGGCAGUGAAAAGCCUGACGGCAGCCCCAGGCCUGCCCUGGUGCUGUCUCCUGCACAGAGCAGACCGGCCCCGACGCCAAGCCCUGCAGCGCAGCAGGUCAACAGCAGGCCCGAACAGAAGACCCAGCAGCUGGACAGCCUGCAGCAGGAGAACCAGCAGCUGAAGGCCACUCUGGCAGAGGUCCAGUCUGCUCUGGAGGCAGAGCGCCGCCGUGUGGCCGCUCUGGAGACCUGCCUGAGGAAUGCAGAGCGCAGCCGGGACGAGGCUCUGAGACAUAACGAGGCGCUGAAAAGAGACGCUCAGCAGUUUCUGGCCCCCGGAGCACAAGCUCCCACUUAACAGGCAUCAGACUCACUAGCAUGUGGCUGUUAUGAUCCCACAGGAGAUGGUUACGUAUGAAUGAUACUGUACGACCGUCCUCCGGUGAAAUCCAACAGGUUUCCGUUCGCGCCCUGUUUAGUCAUGAAGAUAAAUUAUUUUUCAUUUGUCUCUGGGGAAAGUGUGUUAACCAGAGAUGCGAGUAGGCUUUGAACUGAAAUUAAAGACUUUUGCAAAAACAACAUCAUUCCUCACUACUGGAGAAGUGCUGUCACUGGCACGAAUGUCGGAAAAGGAAGCUCCACGUUUAGAAUAAUAUUUAUGAUUCCACAUUUGAAUGUGAUCUCAUCCUCAACUCAUGAAACAACUAGAGCGCAUCGUGUGUGCACAGAACAAAAUGCGCUGGGUCCCAUCGAUUAAAAAGAAAAAAUGUCAUACGUUA